UACAGGCUUCUCCUGUUGAUCAGAGGCAUCGAUCGGCAUGAACCCGGCCGCCGCUAUGUUUCCAAUGUUUCCACCGCCGCCGCCGCCACCUUUCCACUACGCGUUCCCGAUGCAGCCCCCGCCGUACUUCUACCAUGCACCAAUGUCGCCGGUAUGGCCGUCGUCGCCGGUCCCUGUGCGCUCCGUGUGGGCGUCCAACUUCAAGUACGAAUCGGCCAACCUCCGCCACGUCGCCAGGAACGCCCAGUACGUCGCCAUCGCCGUGCACUACCCGGGCGUUGUCCACCACCCCGACCAGGACCAUAACGCCCUCACCGCCGAGCAGCGCUACGCUCUCGUGAAGGCCAACGUGGACAACCUGAAGCCGCUCCAGCUCGGCAUCGCCCUCUACGACAGCGACGGCGGGUACCUCGCCGCCUGGGAGUUCAACCUCCGCGACUUCCGCCCCCUGGCCGACCCGCACGACGAGAAUUCCCUCGCGUACCUCGCCGGCCGCGGCCUCGACGUCGGCGCGCUCCGCGACCACGGCGUCAGCGCCGACAUGCUAAGCAGGAAGCUGUUUGAAUCCGGCCUGAUCAGCGCUCGGCCUCGGCAUGGGCGGUCGCGGAGUUGGAUCACCUACGCCGGGGCUUAUCACGUCGCGUACCUGCUCAAAAUUGUCACCGGCGGCGCCGCGCUGCCGCGAGACGUGGCCGGGUUCAACGGCGCCGUGCGGCGUUACCUCGGCGACCAGGUCUAUGAUGUGGCCAAGAUGGCGGCCGGCUGCCCGGACAUGCCACUGGGGUUGGAGCACAUCGCCGAUUACUUCGGCUUCCAUCCGCCGCUGGGGAGCCCUCGCCUCGCAGCUGCCGCCGGCGUGCGCGCGCUGCAGGUCUUCAGGCGGCUGAAGUACAGAGAGCUCGGCGGCGACGUGCGAAAAUACCGGGGUCUUCUUGAAGGCCUACACUAGCUAAGGUCGAUCUCACACCAACAAUGCUGAGCCGAGAAUUCGAAGCUCGUGCAAGAAGAUUGUUGCUGACCAGCUGCGUCCAUGGUAGCUCUGAUCAAGUCCUUUGAAGUCCCAAGUCCGAAGAAUCCCGUUUCAAACAAGUAUUGGAUUGAAGGUUACUACAGUUUUAAAGUUCCAAUAUCAGUUUUCUCAAAAAAAAAACAAGUAUUGGAUUUUCUGUUUCAA